CCAAUGCUCCGCCUGUAAAUAGCCUUGCGAAUAGUUUUACACGUUGAAAAAUGUAAAAAAUAGUAAAUAUAACUUUCAAUUCAGUUCUUUAUUGUUCGUUAAAUAAUUACAAUACAUAAUAACACCUCAUAAGCAGCUAGAAUGGAAGAAGGAUAUUCUAAAGAACUUCAAGCAGCCCUAAAAACUGCACAAAGGAGUGAAAUUGAUGAACCUCUGCUGACUUUUCUCUCACACGUGCGCAAAGAUCAUGAAUGCAUGAAAUCGCUUUGUAGGCCUACGCCAAUGAAUAUUUUGUACUGUUGUAUUAACAAUAAACAGAAAAUACACGUUAGCUUGUAAGGACAACAAAGGACACUAAUGCAGAAUAGAGCAGCAAAGCUGAAUAAAUUGUUGGUCAUUAUAAAAAUGUUUGUGUGAUAACGAAAGAUGAAGAAAUGUUAUUUGUGUUUAUAUAUUUUUUGUAAUAAUGGAACAGUUAGUUAAAUUGAUGUGUUUUUAGCUUACCACAAAAGUGAAAUGAAGUUCUUCAUGAUCACGUUGAUGAUUUUGUGAAUAGAAAUCUCGGUCCGAAAGCAUUUCUGAUUUCAUUUUCAAUUGUGACACUUUUGGACGUGUGUGAGAGUAUUAUGAAAUUUUACCAGCAAAUGUGCUGGAGAAAAAGGAUGAAGAAAUGCUUUCUGAAGAUUACACACGAAAGCUAAUUAGUGGUAAUUGAACAGAGAAUGGAAUUAAUCAUUCAGUGAGUUUGAGAAAAUGAGGCGGAAAAUAAAUUUACGUUCUGUUUUCACACAUAAAUCCCGACUCCGAAGUAAUAAAUAGGCAACAAUCUACACAUGUUAGUGACUUGUAAAUAAAAUUAGUUAAAUCCUGAAAAUUAGAAAGGGGUGCAGAAUCGAAUAAUGAGACAUGUGCGUCGCUGAGAAGAUGUUUAAACGGGUAAAGAAAAAAUUGUAAGAUUAUCCAUUCAAUUAAUUCUUGUCAAUUUCCAUCUCAAAGUAACAAUUUUUACAAAAAUCAGACAGAAAUAGUUAGAAGGCAAAAUGAUUGAAAAAAAAAUCCUCUGUCUCUGCAAUAUUUUGCUUUACUCAGAAACUGAAUAAAAUGAAUGCCUUUUAACCGGACAUGAUCAAAAUCUCCUCCAUGUUUCAGUCACUAGAAACGGUUUCUUAAUGUUAAAAGAAAACACAUUAAUUAUAUUCUCGAGAAAAGUGUUGUAAAUUUUCCGCAGUAAGAUGAGAUUUGUUAGAGAAAGAAAAUCAUACCGAUUUAAUGCGCUUAAUAGAAGGAAAAAAUAUACCAAAAAAAUAAUGGCAGAAUUGAUAAGAAAAUAACAUUUGUCAUUUUUGAAGAAAUUGACAUUUGAGUGUUUUAUUAUGUACAAAAAAGGAGGAAAUAUCAAAGAAAUCAAAUCCAUUUUGAAGAUAGAGUGAAGAAGAAUAAAACCUACAAUGUAAUCACAUUUAAAAUUAUCUCAAAGACAAAUCAUAAAUAACAAGUAUUUAAUGAUCUAUUGUAAUCCGGCGAAAAUAUUUAGAUAAACAUAAAUAGAAAUCCGACAAGCUUUGAAGUUCUAAAUCAAUUUUUACUUAAAAAAAAGAGAGAAAGAAAAACAUACACAAACACAUUGUAUAUAAAAUAGUUGACAAGCAUUUAUAUUAAAGAAGAAGAGAAGAAAAACAAAUAAUAAUUAGAGAAAAUAACUUAUCAAUAUUUGGGGAAGCAUUUUCCGAAGAGGAAAAAAUAAGAAGGAAAAGAAAAAACACCCAAUUGACCCGCAAUUAACCAAACAUAAAAGAAAAAAAAGUUUAGACAAGAGAUUUAAAAAUAGCACAGUGAAGAACAAAAUGGAAUUGAGUGUGUUUAGAAACGUGUAGAUUAUUGAAUAAUUAAGAUAAUAAAUUGGAGGUGAAAUCAAGUAAAAAAAAAACGAUGUUUAGUGACCAUUUUACAGGGUUAAUAACUAAAGAAGCUAAAUGUACAUUAAAUACCAGAGCAGAUGUGGUGUGUGGUAUCGAAGAAAAGCGCAAAGAAAUUAUUAGGAGAGAAAACAAGAAAUUAGAGAAAUAAUCACUUUGUGUAAAUAAUCGUGAAAUUGUCAGAAGAAAAAACAUUGUUGUUCCCUUUUUUCUGGUUUUGCAAAAAGGCCAACACACCAUAAAACUGUAGCCCAGUGAAAAUCCCAGUGAGAAAAGGAAAAAAAAAACUUAUCAUGAAAAGACAAAUCGAGGACGAGGCAGAAAAAAAACAGUGAAUCGAAAGCGUUUUAGAAUGAAGAAAAUGAGUGAAGAAGAUUUACUAGAAAAAAAAAAUUGAGAAAUGACAUUAUAUGAAUUAAUCGAAAUAUACGUAUGUUGUUGAUGAAAUUAUAUGAAACAAAAAAAAAUGCAAGAGUAUGAGAAGAAAGAAAUAAAUAAUAUUCCAUGGUUAAAAACCGUCGUUUUCCCUUUUGAAUUGGCCGAAAUGUCCCACAUUUUUCGCGCGCAACAGUUUUGCCACACUUCGCAGACCGGCCACCAGGUGUGCUGGUGCUGUGACACUUUUGCUGUGACUUUCACGCGCACCGCCAGCCGUCUCGCUCUGGCGCCAUGUCAGCGCGUGCAGUGGACAGAGAUGGCGCGCGUCGUGCUGUCGCACUCGCGUCGUCUCUCUCUCUCACCCAGUGCAAGUGUGUGUGCGUGUGUGCGAUGUCGAGAAGUGAGCUCCUCUAAACAGCCAGCAGCAGAAAUAAAAGUGGACAAGAAAUUUCCUAUUCAGUGGUGAAAAAACACAAUAAUAUUGUUUAUUUGGUACGCGACCAAACAGAUACCGUGUGGCCAUUUAACCAGAGUGUCGUAAUUGUGUGCAAAAUCAUCGAAGAGGCCAAAUGGAGAAGAGAAUAGAUUUGGAAAAGCGAGGAAGGCCGGCGUCGCAGAUCACCGAGCUUAAUUUGGACAACUGCAGAAGUACAAAUAUCGUGGGCCUCAAUGAAGAGUUUGUGAAUCUGAAGCAGCUCAGUCUCAUAAAUGUUGGUCUCACGAGCCUCAAGGGAUUUCCCAAACUACCAAAUCUCAAGAAGCUCGAACUCUCCGACAACAGAAUUUCAAAUGGCUUGAACUACCUGGAAGUGUCUCCGAACAUAACACACUUGAACCUAUCUGGAAACAGACUAAAUGAUUUGGAUGCCUUGAAGCCUCUUGAGAACUUCAAACAUUUAGAAGUGCUGGAUUUGUUCAACAAUGAGGUGACGGUGAAGGAGAAUUACCGCGAGAAGACGUUCCAAAUGCUCCCUUCGCUCAAGUAUCUCGAUGGGUUCGACUCCAAAGACAUGGAAGCUCCGUCUGAUGCUGAUGACGACGAAGAGGUCAAUGGAUACGCAAAUCCGGACAAUUAUGAGGAUCAAGAUGCCUUCAGCAUUGGGGGUCUGGAAAUAGAUUUGAAGGAGUUGGCGCUCUUCGAGAAGCACCUCGAAGAGAAGCGCGCCAAAGAGCCGGCCAAAGAGAUGAAGAAGAGGUGUGAAGAAGCCAAUGAGCCUGAUGAAUUAGAUGAAUAUUUAGAGAAAUUGAAGAGUGACGAGAGGCAACGACAGGAGUGUCGCAGAGAGGAGAAGCGAGUGACUUUGCUCACUCUAUUCUUUGCCCUCUUGGCCAUUCUGUCUCUUGGGAAUUUAGUUUUUCGUGAGGAAAUUGCCUCAAAUGCAACGACAAAAGGAUCCGGCGAGAGUGGCGAAGAGGAUGAGGACGACGAUGAGGAUGACGAGGAUGAGGAUGAUGAGGAGAACGCUGAUGAUGACGACAACGGAGAUGUGUCGCUGUCUGAGGUGUACAACGACGAUAUCGAGGAGGAUAACUCAGACUGGAAUGAGGAGAACGAGGAGGCUGGGGAGGAGGGCGAUGAUGAUAUAGAUUCCGAUGAGGACGCAGAAGAAGGAGCCCAGCAACCCAAAGAUGGCGAAGAGGACGGAGCAGCAGCGGCUCCAGCUGCGGCAGAAGAGGAAUCCCCAGCCAGAGGCAAAAAGCGGAAGCACGACGGCUAAAUAACACUUUUGCAGAUUGCAUCACACCCCCAACUUGUAGCAUUUUAAUUUUUUCUUUGUACAAUUUUUUGAGUUACUAGAUUUAGGUGAGAUUUAAGUGAGAAAAGGAAACAAGAGCGAAAGUGAGCGGCAACGGAGGAAAGGAAGGAUUUACACACACACACACUUGAUUACAGAGAAAAAGAAAGAAAUCAAUUAAAUAGCGCUUAGAGAGGAGGGAAUAAAGUGCAGAAAUAAUCCCAGGAUCUUAAAUUUUCACUGAAUUCUACUUGUCAUUCAGCCGACAGGAUGAGAAGAAAGUGUGUUUGAGGGUGGAUUCGAUGAUAGGGAGUAA